GACAUUUUUAAAUGUGACACGUAAGGAAGGGAGAACAUCCAAAGUAUCAUUCGGGAUCGAAGUAUUUGUAUCGUUUGCUGUUAUAGUAAAUACACGUACUCGAUUAGAUGUCUGAUUUAGAAGGUAGUGACCACGCGAAAACAGAGACAGAAAACGUCUCAGAUUCACAGGAUUCUGAUUCUGAUGACGGUAGCUGUGGUGCAACAGGAGAAUCUGAGAUGGAGUUUUUACGAAAUUUGUUUUCCCGUACUCUGGGCAUUGGAAGUGAAAAACCAGAAAAGGUUUUGGAUGAGCUGACCUUAGAGGGUAUAGCACAAUAUAUGUUGAGUGACAAAUGUAAGAAUAUCGUUUGUAUGGUUGGAGCUGGAAUAUCCACAUCUGCAGGCAUUCCAGAUUUCCGAUCACCAGGAAGUGGUCUGUAUCACAACUUGCAGAAAUACAACCUGCCAUAUCCGGAGGCCAUAUUUGAGAUUGGUUACUUUAAACAACAUCCUGAGCCUUUUUUUGCCCUUGCCAGAGAACUCUAUCCAGGUCAGUUUAAGCCAACACUGUGUCAUUACUUCAUGCGUAUGUUGAAGGAAAAAGGUCUUCUCUUGCGCUGCUACACACAGAAUAUUGACACUUUAGAACGUGUGGCUGGCAUUCCACAAGAUGUCCUUGUAGAAGCCCAUGGCACAUUUUAUACCUCUCACUGCACUAGUAUGUUCUGUAAAAAGGAGUAUCCCCUUGGCUGGAUGAAAGAAAAGAUUUUCUCAGAGCAACUACCCAAAUGUGAGAAGUGUAACACUUUAGUGAAACCUGAUAUUGUAUUCUUUGGAGAAAGUCUACCUGCAAAAUUCUUCUCUUCGAUGAAGCAUGACUUUCCAAAUUGUGACUUGCUAAUCAUCAUGGGAACCUCACUUCAAGUACAGCCAUUUGCAUCACUUGCUAGCAAAGUUCCUGUGAACACACCAAGACUUCUUCUUAAUAAGGAGAAAACAGGGCAGAGUGACCCCUUCAUGGGACUUCUUGGAUUAGGAAGUGGUUUGGACUUUGACUCUGAAAAAGCUUACAGAGAUGUAGCAUUCGAAGGAAACUGUGAUGAUGGCUGUCUUGCCUUGGCCAACUUUCUAGGGUGGAAGAAUGAGUUAGAAGAGCUAGUGAGAAAGGAGCAUGCAGUGAUAGAUGCAAAGACAGAGGCUGAGGGAAUCGUGGACAUGAAGCAUAAAGAGCAACCUGCUAGAAGUCCAGGAAAGAGUGAUGUGACACCAACUCAAGAAUCAUCAGAGAAGACUGGUGGCAGCAACUUAUAAAGUUUACAUUAUUCAAAAAGUAAAGAAAAUGGAAAUAAGGAUUCAAAAUCUGUUAUAAUCUAUUACUGGUUUUAAUAUUAUGUAUUGAAACAUCUGAAUGUAGUACUUGACUUUCCUUUCCUGUAUCUAGAAGAUAUUUUUUCAAACUCUAGCUACAUAGUGACCUCCCAAACCUCUUGUAUCAGAGGCACAUGAUAUAUAUGCAAAUGAUCCUUAAUUUCAGGCCAAUAAAGCCAAACCCCACUUUAUUGGCCUG